CCCCGUCAGGCAGCGGGAGCGCGCACGGCGCGCGCGCUGCCGCCUUCUUUCUCCUCAGCGGCCCCAGGGCGGGUGCCCGCAGGAAUCCCGCCGCCGCCGCCGCCGCGCCGCACCCCCCCCCCCCCCCGCUCUCCAAGCGGCUUUAAUCGUCUCCUUAUAUGGACACCAGAAUGUCUGACGUCACCCCACGCUGGGAAACCAGCGACCGCGCAACCGAGCUUGCCCGGGAAAGGCGGCGGGGGGGGGAGGGGGCGCUGGAAUGCUGACGGACGCGGCUCUGCGCCACUGGGGGCGGCGGCGGCGGCUCGGCCAUUGGGCGAGGGAGGCCGAGGGGGCGGGGAGGCGCGCGGGGUCUAGGUUGUGGCGCCUGAAAAGCCGCCGCCUGGCUGCCGUCGGCUGCCAGUGCGGGGUGGGCGCUGCGAGGCACAAGGAGGAGAGCUGAGGGUUCGAGUCCCGCCUCCGACAGCCCGAGCCGGGAGCCGCCGCUCCGCGCUGCCGCAGCCCGCCGGGGAGGGGCGGAGAGCUCGGGGUGGAUUCGUGUUUUUUUAUUUUUUAUUUCUUAUUUCCUCCCCGUUUUACUGCUUCCGCGGAGACCGCGGCUUUCCCCGUGCGGUGCCAGCCCGCGGGGCCGGAGUUUCGCAGGAGUUUGUGCGGACUUGGGGCCGCCCCGACGCCGCCGCCAUGCCCGUCUUCCACACGCGCACCAUCGAGAGUAUCCUGGAGCCGGUAGCCCAGCAGAUCUCCCACCUGGUCAUCAUGCACGAGGAGGGCGAGGUGGACGGCAAGGCCAUCCCGGACCUCACCGCCCCCGUCUCGGCCGUGCAGGCCGCUGUCAGCAACCUGGUGCGGGUUGGAAAAGAGACAGUUCAGACUACAGAAGACCAGAUCUUGAAAAGGGAUAUGCCACCAGCAUUCAUCAAAGUGGAGAAUGCCUGCACCAAACUUGUCCGGGCAGCCCAGAUGCUGCAAGCAGAUCCUUAUUCGGUACCAGCUCGUGACUAUCUGAUUGAUGGAUCAAGAGGUAUCCUUUCUGGAACAUCAGACUUGCUUCUGACAUUUGAUGAAGCAGAGGUCCGUAAAAUCAUCCGUGUCUGCAAAGGAAUAUUGGAAUAUCUGACUGUGGCGGAAGUAGUAGAGACUAUGGAGGAUUUGGUGACAUACACAAAGAAUCUAGGGCCAGGAAUGACAAAGAUGGCGAAAAUGAUUGAUGAAAGACAACAGGAGUUAACUCAUCAGGAACAUAGAGUUAUGCUGGUAAACUCCAUGAAUACAGUGAAGGAGCUAUUGCCAGUACUUAUUUCAGCUAUGAAAAUUUUUGUAACCACGAAAAACUCUAAAAGCCAGGGAAUAGAAGAGGCCUUGAAAAAUCGCAAUUUCACAGUAGAGAAAAUGAGUGCUGAGAUAAAUGAAAUAAUCCGUGUAUUACAACUCACUUCCUGGGAUGAAGAUGCCUGGGCCAGCAAGGACACUGAAGCCAUGAAAAGAGCUUUAGCCUUAAUAGAUUCAAAGAUGAACCAGGCAAAAGGUUGGCUGAGAGAUCCAAACGCACCUCCAGGGGAUGCUGGUGAGCAAGCAAUAAGACAGAUCCUUGAUGAAGCUGGAAAAGCAGGAGAAUUGUGUGCAGGCAAAGAACGCAGAGAGAUUCUGGGAACAUGCAAAACUCUGGGCCAGAUGACUGAUCAACUAGCUGAUCUCCGAGCUAGAGGACAGGGUGCUACGCCAAUGGCUAUGCAGAAAGCGCAGCAGGUGUCGCAAGGCCUGGAUAUGCUCACUGCAAAAGUGGAGAAUGCAGCCCGGAAAUUGGAGGCCAUGACAAACUCUAAGCAGGCUAUUGCUAAGAAGAUUGAUGCUGCUCAGAAUUGGCUUGCAGAUCCUAAUGGGGGCAGUGAAGGAGAAGAACAUAUUCGGGGAAUUAUGGCUGAAGCAAGGAAAGUUGCAGAACUAUGUGAGGAGCCUAAAGAAAGAGAUGAUAUCCUUCGUUCCUUGGGGGAGAUCUCUGCUUUGACAGCUAAGCUGUCUGAUCUGCGACGACAUGGGAAAGGUGACUCUCCUGAGGCCCGUGCAUUGGCGAAGCAAAUAGCUACAUCACUUCAGAAUUUACAGUCCAAAACAAACAGAGCUGUAGCAAAUACUAGGCCAGUUAAAGCAGCUGUCCAUUUGGAGGGCAAGAUUGAGCAAGCUCAAAGGUGGAUAGACAAUCCUACAGUUGAUGAUCGGGGAGUAGGCCAGGCAGCAAUUCGGAGUCUGGUCGCAGAAGGUCAUCGUUUAGCCAACGUCAUGAUGGGACCUUAUCGUCAAGACCUGCUUGCCAAAUGUGACCGUGUAGACCAGCUGGCUGCUCAACUUGCUGACCUCGCAGCAAGAGGGGAGGGAGAGUCUCCUCAGGCUAGGGCAAUUGCUGCUCAGCUUCAGGACUCGCUGAAGGAUCUUAAGGCACGGAUGCAAGAAGCAAUGACCCAGGAGGUUUCUGAUGUUUUUAGUGACACUACAACUCCUAUUAAGUUGUUGGCAGUAGCAGCCACUGCUCCUUCUGAUACUCCCAAUAGAGAAGAGGUGUUUGAUGAAAGAGCAGCAAACUUUGAAAACCAUGCUGCUAGACUGGGAGCAACGGCAGAAAAAGCAGCUGCAGUUGGAACUGCUAAUAAAACCACUGUGGAAGGCAUUCAGGCAACAGUGAAAUCAGCAAGGGAACUUACCCCACAGGUAGUAUCAGCUGCUCGAAUUCUCUUGAGAAAUCCUGGAAAUCAAGCUGCUUAUGAACAUUUUGAGACAAUGAAAAACCAAUGGAUUGAUAAUGUAGAAAAAAUGACAGGGUUGGUGGAUGAAGCCAUUGAUACCAAGUCUCUGUUGGAUGCAUCAGAAGAGGCUAUUAAGAAAGAUCUUGAUAAGUGUAAAGUUGCAAUGGCCAAUAUCCAACCACAGAUGCUGGUAGCUGGCGCCACCAGCAUUGCUAGACGAGCAAACCGCAUCCUAUUGGUGGCAAAACGGGAGGUUGAAAAUUCAGAAGACCCUAAAUUCCGGGAGGCUGUUAAAGCAGCCUCUGAUGAACUAAGCAAAACUAUAUCACCGAUGGUAAUGGAUGCUAAAGCUGUGGCAGGAAACAUCUCUGAUCCUGGUUUGCAGAAGAGUUUCUUGGAUUCUGGAUACAGAAUUCUGGGAGCUGUGGCCAAAGUCAGAGAAGCUUUUCAGCCUCAGGAACCAGAUUUUCCCCCUCCUCCUCCUGACCUUGAGCAGCUUCAUCUGACUGAUGAGCUUGCUCCUCCAAAGCCACCACUUCCAGAAGGUGAGGUUCCCCCACCCAGACCACCACCACCUGAAGAAAAGGAUGAAGAGUUCCCAGAGCAGAAAGCAGGAGAAGCUAUUAAUCAGCCCAUGAUGAUGGCUGCUAGGCAGUUGCAUGAUGAAGCACGAAAAUGGUCUAGCAAGGGUAAUGACAUCAUUGCUGCUGCUAAACGAAUGGCGCUGCUAAUGGCAGAGAUGUCACGCCUGGUGAGAGGAGGCAGUGGAAACAAGCGUGCCCUUAUUCAGUGUGCGAAGGAUAUUGCUAAGGCCUCAGAUGAAGUCACUCGACUGGCCAAAGAGGUGGCCAAGCAAUGCACUGACAAACGCAUUAGAACAAACCUCUUGCAGGUCUGUGAGCGAAUCCCAACCAUCAGUACACAACUCAAAAUUCUUUCCACUGUCAAAGCUACCAUGCUGGGCAGGACUAAUAUCAGUGAUGAAGAAUCAGAACAAGCAACUGAGAUGUUGGUUCAUAAUGCCCAGAACCUCAUGCAGUCUGUAAAGGAAACUGUGAGAGAAGCUGAAGCAGCAUCCAUUAAGAUAAGAACAGAUGCUGGAUUCACUCUUCGCUGGGUCAGAAAGACUCCAUGGUAUCAGUAGACACGAGCCACAUAAGUAUUGUCUUCUGCAACAUAAAAUGUCUUUUUUUGGAAACGGAAGAUUUAUUAACAGCAAAAGGUGCUGUAUACGUGAGCUUAAAAUUAGCUUAUGCUAAUGCCCCAUUCUAAGGGUAUGAAUUAUAAGAGAAUGCAUUUCAAAUAUCUUCAGAACACAUUUGAUAUCAAACACCUCAAAAUCGUUUCUGAUAGUAGACAGUUCUUACCUUUUUUUUUGCUUUUGAAGAUUCUCUUGAAAUCUGUAAUCCCAGAAGCACAUUUCAUUUAUGCACUGCAUAUUCCAGUAGUUUCCAUGUGAUGGUAUAAUACAUGCACCUCACUUUAAGCUUGUGUUGGGAGUCUGGGACACUAACAGUGUUAUUUGGCAGUGAUUUAGGGACAAUCAAGGAUAUAUAAAAAUUCACCUCUUCAACAGGAUUUUAGCUGAUUGUUCUUAAACCAUUCAGAAGUGGUAGAAGGUUUGGAUUUUUUAAAAAGAAAAAAGGGGUGGGAAGGGGAAAGCCAUUCUAAGAUGAGGAUUAAAAUCCCCCUGCUGAAAUUAUUUUUAAAAAUUUUUAUUUUCCUGUUGAUUUUUGCUUGGCAUCACUACUUCAGUAAAAACUGGAGCUGUCUGUCACCCUCCUGUCACCCUGUAGGUAUGCAUUUCAGAACUUGUGCUGUACUGAAAUGCUUCUAGGUGGAUGUUGGUAGCACAAGGUUGUCAGCCUGAGCCUUACUGCUGGAGUCCUUAAUUCAUGCAGCUCUCCUUAUUGCUCAAUUUAGUGAUGUAUUGGGCUGAAAAAAUAUAGUUCUCUUAAGCUAGCUACAUGCCCAGGUCCAGAAAAUGUCGCACGCCAGCUCUUUCUUUUCAAAAACCAAAUGCGCACAAGCACAUGCAAUUAUUAUUAUUUUCCAUCUAAUGUUAUUGUGCCCACUCAAGAUGGAAAUUAAAAGAUUAAGAAUACUAAAUUCGAAAGACCUUUUGCCAACUGCAUGUUUCCAGCAAUGCAAUAGUAGUGUGUAAGCUUUUGGAAACCCAAGCACUGCAGGGAUGUGAAACUCCUUAGAUAGCGAGAUGGCUUCCAGCAAAGAGCAGUUCCUAAUGCUAAACAAAAUCAGUAAAAAUAUCUGAGUAAAACAUAUUUGGAGUUUGGAAAUUCAAAAGUUUUUGAAGUCUUAGUAAAUUGAACAUGUUACUUUAUAUUUUAAAAAACAAAACACACUGUUGAUAAAAUAGGCUUCAAAAGUUUUUAUCCUUCCAUUAUUUAACAUGCCUUCCUGUAUAUAGUUAUGUUUAUUUGCUCCGUUGUCUCUUUUGGCAUUUAACAGAUAGGGGGGAAUUACAGUUUUAGAACGGAUCUCCGUACAUUUGCAAGGGGCAUUUGCAAACUUGUGCCCAAAUCAGCUUGGACCUCAUGAUGUCCUCUUAAUUUUCAUUUGCUGAAAAGUUGUUGCAUGACCUUUAAUAUAGUGCCCUUGUUAGACUGAUUUUUUUUUCCACAGCUUAAAGGAAGAGAGAGAGAACAGUCAGCUGUUCUUUGCCUGUCCGUGACACUCAGACUUUCUCCCCUUGCCCCUUCAUUGCACUGUUAUCUAAAAAGGGAAGUUAAAGUGAUUAUAAUACAUCUGCCUCAAACUAAUUGACCUUAGCAAGAAAAAGCGUGUCUUCAUCUUCAACUCACUCCUGGUGUCUGGGUAUUAUGAAACACAUGGUACUUAGGAUCUUUCCUUAGUAUUCUCUUCCUGUGAUUACCUGGAACAGGAGGAGUAAGGAAGGAGUGCCAGAGCCUUAACCUGAAUGUCUUGCGUUUGGUUGGUUUAUACCAGAUCUCUAACAUAAUUGUAAUGUAGUAAUUUCUAUUUAAUAGUAAAUAACACUGAAUAGGUAGGGGUUAUUUUUAAGGGAUUUUCUAAAUAGUCUUCCUGCAUUUCAAUACUCCUCACACUCCCACCCCUCUCAGCCCCCCAAACCCUCUUUCAAGCUUCUCUGUGUUUUUUUUUAGUAUCACUGUUUAGUUGCUUGACUGAUAUUAACGCAAUAUUACUAAUGCCUUUAAUACAUAAUUGUUUAUGCCAAAGAUCACUUUUUGUUUAUUGAGUAAUGUUUGCAGGAAAGUUAUAAAUCAUGGUUGCCUUUGACAUUCUUCCAGAAUGUUUGCUGUAAGUUCUUAAAUUGUUUUGUAGAAGCUGAGAUACUCAUUCACCUUAUGCAGUUAUUGCUUUUUUGAACACUAUUGGUCUUCAGACCUGAAAUGCAGCAGAAAUUUGAAAAAAGACCAUGAAUGUCAUUUAGAAAUGUUUUACCACUAUAAAACUUUGUUUAUAAACCAAAAUGUGUUGUAUAGUCUAAUGUUUUCAACCUUUUUCUUUGGUUCUGUUAAAACAAUAAAAAUGCAUUUGUACAAAA